UCUAGACGCACCCUAGCGGCCGCAAAAUAUAUUUGCUGCCAGGGUUUAGUCUAGGCACUCACAAUACACUUAACAGCUCCAAAAACCAAAAUUUGGUCAGGCCAAUCACAUCGUGUGUAGCGUCUGUGGGGCGGGCUUAACAUGAUGACGACAGAGCUGCGACGGUUUCUACUUGAAAAUCAAGAAUGGCUGCUGAUGCUGGCGAACAGCUUUCUUUUGAAGCGGCUUUGGCCGCGACUCUGGAGGACUUAAACUUAUGUUUUUCUUUGAGAGAAGAGCAAAUAACCCUACUGAAGUCAUUUUUAACCAAGAAAGAUGUGUUUGGAGUUUUGCCGACUGGUUACGGUAAAAGUUUGAUAUACCAAUUAGCUCCACUGGUGGGGAAACGCAUGGGACUCAGCCACAAUCCGCUUGUGAUUGUUGUUUCACCAUUGAUAGCGCUUAUGGAAGACCAGUUAAAGGAGGCUACAAAAUUUGGACUUAAGGCCAAACAACUGUGCAAAGGCGACCAGGAGGACAUUCGAAGCGGCCAGUGCCAGGUGGUAUACGGGAGUCCUGAAUCCUGGAUUCUUCAGAAGCAAUGGCGAGAUAUGUUGUCCACCAAAGUCUUCCAAGACAACAUUUUGGGAAUUGUGGUGGAUGAAGCUCAUCUCACGUACAAAUGGGGAAAGAGUGCUAGAGGGCAUAAGGCCUUCAGAGAGAGUUUUGCCAGGCUAGGAGAACUGCGAUCCAUCGUAAAACAUGGUACACCUAUUAUGGCCUUGACUGCGACAGCGGACCUGGAUUCCCGAGCAAUUAUCAAAAGACAGUUGCAGUUGGAAAAUGCCACUCAAGUCACCAUAAGCCCAAACAGAACUAAUAUUAGACUUGGCCUGACUACAGUGUCUUCAGAUAGUAUGAACUGUUUGAACUGGGUUGUUAGGAAAUUGAAAGAAAACGGCCCAAGAAUGUCACCAUUAAUCAUUUACUGCCGUACACUGACGACUUGUGGAAAGGUGUUCUGUCACCUAAAAGAUGAACUUGGUAAUGACUGCUGGGUUGAUAGGGAUCCAGAACACAGGGUAGUAAACUUACUUAUCGGUAUGUUUCAUAGCCAAACACUUCCCCAUCACAAGAAGAGAGUACUUGCUUCAUUAGAAGGUGAUGGUGCAUGCAGAGUGGUUGUAGCCACGACAGCUCUCGGAAUGGGCUUAAACUUUCCAAACAUAUCCCAUGUCAUAAUGUAUGGCUCACCUGAGGAUGUGGAGGACAUUGUACAGGAGGUUGGCAGGGCUGGGCGAGAUGGAUCUCCAUCACAUGCCAUUAUUUACAAUGUUAAUCAGCAUACAAGAUUGGAUGAGGGUGUUAAAACACUGUUAAAAAAGGGCACCACUAGCUGCCUUAGGAAGGCGUUAUACUCGCACUUUGAGCACCACACUGAAAGUGUUGUACCAGGACAUUUGUGCUGCUCAUACUGCCACUCAGUUUGUUUGUGUAGCAAUGGAGGUUGUGACUCGGCAUUACCUGUUUACGAACUGUCUCAUGACGUUCAGGUAACAGUUAAAAGCAGGAAAGUUACAGAGGAUCACAAAAAUUUGAUUAAAGAUCUUUUGUACAGGUACAAGCUCAGCUUAGUCCAGCACACACAUCUGUACACUAACAGCACAAAUUGCACUGGUUUUAGUAAUGAGCUGAUUGACUGUGUUCUUGAGUGUAGCGCAGAAAUAUUUGACAUUACUUUCAUAAUGGACAACCUACCCGUGUUCAGCAAAAGGCAUGCACAAACAAUUCUCAAGGUAUUUUUUGACACGUUUGGAGAUUUUGAAUACACUGAUGUUGAUCUGCCUGCAGAGGAUAUUGUGGUUCCUGACCAAGAUUACACAGGUUACUUUGAUGAGGACUCUCAGCCAGACAACCUAUCAUUAUGUAGCAGCUUUGAAUCUGGGUUUACACAACUGAGGAGUUCAGAUUAAUGCAUAAAAGAAAUAUUGAAACAUUUGUAUAUAGUUCUACAUAUGACCA